UGCGGUUGAGCUUGUGCACCCACUUCAGACGGGGUGUGCUAACACUUUCAGCUUAGCAGCUUUUGCCUUAUAAAAGUGUGUAAAUGGCAUCUUUUUAAAUCAACUGGUCAUCUUGGGGCCUCCGGAGAUUUGGGUCAUGCCAGACGAGCUGUUUGGAGACAUUCAGUUUGAUUUUUAUAAGCUGUUUUUUUUUUUUUAUUUCAACUUGUUCUGCUUUACUUCUACGUUUCUUUUGUAGAUUUCUGCGAUACCAUUUCGCUGUGAAGCUCCAGAAGUGUUUUGCGAACUACGAAACACCCCCCAACACACACACACACACACACACACACACACACACACACACACACACACGUUUCAUCAGCAUGGCGAUGACUCGGUUUUCAUUUUUUGGGAGAGCUUUUCCUUUAAGCUCCUUUCCCUUAAGUGUGCGAGAGAGCAUGGCGAUUGAUAACAUCUCAGUAAUGAGGGCACAGUUUGUUUAUUCAACAAUAAGCCGGUUUCCUCUCAGAGAGUUUCCUCUGUCCUGGAGAGGGGUGAAGGGUAGGAAAGCGUUGGUGGGGGAAGCCUGGUGCUCUCCGGCUCACCCCUGGACAGCCAGGCACGUACCGCGUCUCCCCGAGGCUCCUCAUAUAUAUUUUUUUGAAGUGGCACAACAACACGCUACGCUUUCCUGCCAUUACUCCGCUCAGAGCUAUGGGGGUUUAGAAAAACUAAUAGGCCACUAAAAAUACUUGGAUCCCGGGGCCCGGGCCAGGGCUUUUCCUGCGCUGCUUCCAGUGUACGCGUGGGCCAUUGAGGAAAGAGGAAACGAGCAGCUCUGGUUGUAAGGGGGCUUCCUGCACGACAUUAUAAAGAGCUGCCUCCCUGCAGCCUCCCCUCACAGCGCUGAUCAGAGCCAGCGGAGGCUGUGGAUGAGGCCCUGCUCCACGUCUUUGGUUUGUAGAGCAGACGCUGAGCUCGGGGAUUUGACAUCAACGCGGGUCGCAACAGUUCUCGUCCCUGCUGGUCGGGGUACGAGUAGGGAGCUGGUCUCACCUAACAGAUGUGUCUGGGACACUCCAGUCUAUUUAUUCUAUCAAUUACACAUAGAUCCGGAUGAGCGUGAUGGAAGUAUUGGAGGGUUACAGGGUCGACAGAGGGCAGGAGAUGAGGGCCGCCGCCGCCGCCGCCGUCCCAGCUGAGGGAUACGUGAAGGAGUUCACGCGCCACUCCAACGACGUGCUGCUGAACCUGAACGAGCUGCGCCACCGCAACAUCCUGACCGACGCCACCCUGAUUGUCGGCAGCGUGCAACUGCGGGCGCACUGCGCUGUGCUCGUGGCCUGCAGUGGCUUCUUCUACUCGCUGUACUCCCACCGUGUGCUUCUUCAGGGGCGCGGUGGCAGCGGGGACCAGCUCAUGACCGUUACCCUCCCCGACACCCUGGACCCGGCCAGCAUCUCCCUGCUGCUCGACUUCAUGUACACCUCCCGCCUCCCCCUGACAGCGGGCAUCGUCCCCGGGGUGCUCACCGCCGCGACCUACCUGCAGAUGGACCACGUGGCCGACACCUGCAGGGACUUCAUGCAGCUGCACUGCAGGGAGAAUAUGAUUGCAAGGCACCCACAGCUGGAGCUGGACUCCAGGGUGUCUGUAGCCUCUGUAGCCCCCAGAGGAGGGGACCUGCCCAAUCCAGGACCCCAGCGAUUACUCCCAACAAGGGUCCCUGCGGAGGUCGGAGGCUCUCUCAAGCCAGGGGCUUUCCCGACCUGCCAGCCAGGGUCAAAGCUACUAAAAGGAGAGCCCGAGUCGCCCCUCGCGGCGAGCCCGACUCCGUCUCCAGACAGCCCCGCCCGCUCCAGCUGCCAGCCAAACUCUCCCGCAGAAUCCAACACCUGCAACAAAAACCUUGUGAGCGACGUCAAACCCACGCCGGACCCAAAGGCGUGCAACUGGAAAAAAUACAAGUACAUCAUCCUCAACCCUCUCUGUGCAGCCACCACGGUGAAGGAAGAAGAGGUGGAGGAGCCACAAAGCCACCCGUCGCCCACCGCAGACAGGGUGGGCUCGACACCCAAAGCGCCAGCAGAGGCGUGGUCUGGAGAAGUGCCUGGUCAGAUUGAUAGACAGGGGCAGGCCUCCUGCUACGAGGGUUCUGGCCGAGCCCCUCCCCUGGGGCCACCCCCCUCUCUGGAUCACCCAUCACUGCCUCCGCCUCACAAGGAGGGAACAGUCUCACCCUGCACCAAUUUCCCAGAAGCUGCACAUGCAAUCAAGCGUGAGAGCUACUAUGUGCCCUACUGUUACUCUGGUAACAUUCAAGGAACCAAGACCGCCUGUUCAGGUGACAAGCCGUACCGCUGCAACGUGUGCGGCGCCCAGUUCAACCGACCAGCCAACCUGAAGACUCACUCUCGCAUCCACUCCGGGGAGAAGCCUUACCGCUGCGACACCUGUGGCGCUCGGUUUGUCCAGGUUGCCCACCUCAGGGCCCACGUCCUGAUCCAUACGGGGGAGAAGCCGUACCCCUGCCACACCUGUGGCACCCGCUUCCGCCACCUGCAGACCCUGAAGAGCCACCUGCGCAUUCACACCGGAGAGAAGCCGUACACUUGCGAGAAGUGCGACCUCCACUUCCGCCACAAGAGUCAGCUGCGCCUUCACCUGCGCCAGAAACACGGCGCCGUCACCAACACCAAGAUCCGCUACAAGGUCCUGACCGAGCCCUACCAGCCUCUCCUGCAGGCCUGCUGAGGAGGCCCGACCUUCGACUCAUCGAUCGGAAAAUGUGAAAUUUGGUGAAUUUAACUUCAGCAAUUUUUAAAUUAUUAGCAAUUGGUGGCUUUUGAACACGAGGUGGUAAUUUAUUACUUUUGGCAAGUGACCAGAAAAAAAUGGAUUCCAUUUAGAGAAAAAGAAAUAGGCAUUCAGAGGCAUCUCUAAGAAUCAGCAUGUUGUUGGACGAGUUUUGAAGCUGUAAGUAUGGAUCCAUAAGGUUAAUUAGAAAUCCUGGGUGGCUUGGAUGGAGAUGGAGAUGAUGUAAAGAGAAGUGUUUUUGAAGGUCUGUGGAGGGGAUGGAGAGAAAGGAACGAGGCAUGGAAGGAAUUUUGGGAUGUUUUUACACUGAACGAUGAAGAGCAUGUGAACAGUUGAAUGAAAUGAAAGAAGAUGCAAGUUUUAACAAGGACGGGUUGUGAAUUUGAGCGUUUUUGGAGUAAUUUAAAUUCUAGCAUUUAUUUAGAAGCGCGUAAUCAGUGUUCAGUUACUGAAAAAUCUUCUUCUUAAAUGUGUAUUUAACUCAGAUUUAUCUUAAAAUUGAGGCCUGGGGCCUGUUUGUUAUAGUCCGAGCAGGCAGAGGACUUAGUUGACUUGUACUGAGCGUAAAGUAAAGAAAGAGUUUGAACAAGGUGACUGUAAGCCAUUGGGAAAUUGAUGAUAUUAAAUUUGUAUGUGUAUGAGUUCAUUUGCUGGACAAAGAUGGUUUUGUACAAGUUUAAUUAAAUCAAUUUAUAUCAAUUGGA